UCCUAACAUCUUUCGAUAUGGCAAUAUUCAGAUACGCAGGACGACUUCAAAGAUGACCACCUGGAACUCGACCAUUGCUUCUUGUAGAUGACGUCAUGUUUGGAAGUAGCCCACCACUUUGUUUAGGCGACCAAAGGUAUUGAAUGUAGCUACUAACACUGAUAUUAACCAUGUGCUAACUUACUAGAUUUUGUAGGCUACCAUCAAUAAAACUAAUUCAACAUUGCCGACAAUGGCACUGGCAGACGAUGUCGAAUGGCCACGGUCGCUGGUGGAGACAAAGGCGCUGAUCUCUGUAUGGUCAGACGAACAGAAUAUUCUGAAAAUGGAGCAUACGUGUAGAAACAAACAUGUUUACAGGGAAAUUUCGGAGCGGCUAAAUGACCUUGGUGUCAAACGGACGUGGAAGCAGUGUCAAAAUAAGAUGAAGGCCUUGAAGUGGAGAUGCAUACAAACACGCAGAGACCCAAGCAGUAGUGACCGAACAACCUUUCCAUUAUUUUCCGAACCGGACGAAUUCCUCGCCGCCAUGCCUGAUCUGGCUGAGUCCAAGGAAACUGGCGACGAGGAACAUGGUCGUCCUCUUCCUCUGUCGUCUCUGCGUCUUCUGGUUCCUCCACUGCGGCUGGUGUCCGCAGCUCUAUGGCAAGUUGUUCAGUGCAAAGACACAAUGGACUACGGGUUGGUGGAGGAGUUUGUGACCACUGUGUUGGAGAUAACCCCUGAUCUGAUGAGUUACAGAGAGAAAGCCCAGCUCGUCAUGGGACUGCGGGCACAGCUGGUUCUGGAGUUGUGUCGCUCUGAUCGUUCAGCCGACCCGGAGACCAUCCAGCCACACCUGAGCCGGAUGAGGACCUGCAUCAUCACUCAUAGAGAAAAGGAGAUGGAUACAGAGGUGGAGGCAUCAGAGUCAAACUUCUUGGAACUUGUCCAAACUCUUCUCGAUGACCCACUUGAGAGGGAACACUUCUUCCAGGAAGUUUUUCCAGAGGAAUUUGGCCCCAUGUAUGACACGGCACUGCAGACUCUGAUGUGGGAGUUCCUCUCUAGGCUGGAGAAACUGCUCCCAACACCAACAUUUCAAGAGACUGCGUCCUGGCUCAGACCUGCCCCCUGUAUGCUGAAGGAGUGUGCACAGUCUGUGACUCAACCUCAGCCUUUGAAGACUCUCCUCCAACACCACAGAUGCCAUGGCCUUUUGUUCGCUAAUGGUCAUUCAUCUUGUGCUGAUGAUUUCAUCCUCUCUUCACUGUCUCACAAGUUCUCAGAGAGGGUGGAAAUGGACAUUGAUGAAGCACGCUCACAUAGCCAGUCUGUAACCACAUGUGCACCCAGAAAAGAAAGGGACACUUUGAUAGAGCAAGAUCAUGCAGAGAAGGAGCAAGAUCAUGCAGAGAAGGAGCAAGAUCAUGCAGAGAAGGAGCAAGAUCAUGCAGAGAAGGAGCAAGAUCAUGCAGAGAAGGAGCUGGGGAUGAGUUUGGACACGGUUAAUAAGACAGUGGAAAUGAUGGAUAGAAGGAACAAAGAAUGGGGAGAGAAGAACUAUGAGGAGAGACUGCAACAUCAGUUGGCUUAUAAUGUUUUACAGGUCGAGGUUGUCGAUGGAGAAGACAUGUCCUCAACGUCUUCGACGACAGCCGACAACGUCGGACAGACCUGGACCCCAACGGAAACGGAAGCGCUGAUCUCUGUAUGGUCAAAGAAACCGAUUCUUCAGGAGAUGGAACAGAGUUACAGAAAACAACAUGUGUACGGCGACAUUUCAGAGCAGAUGAAGGACCUUGGCGUCAAAAGGACUCGGAAGCAGUGUCAAACAAAGAUAAAGGACAUGAAGCACAGCUACAGACGAGCACUUAGGAACCCAAGCAGUAGUGGCCGAGCGACCUGUCCGUUCUUUUCUGAACUGCACACCUUUCUCGCCGCCACGCCUGAUGCAACUGAUACCCAGUUGCCUGAGUCGAAGGAAACGGUCAAGGUUUCGGAUCCAGAAGUCAUGUUCUGCGAUCAGGAUGAAGGGCCUUCUGUGGAUGUCAAGUUAGAGAAUCUACAUGAGGAAAUGGCUUCCGGAGUGAAAGCAGACGCGAGGAAAGGGGAUGAGGCUUUUCACAGCCCUCAGAGUGACAGCAGGGUGAAAAUCGGAGGAAUAUCCCACCGUUGCGAACAGAUGGUCGAAGACACGUCAGAUUUGGACCUUCAGCCCGUAGUGAUGUUGACGCAACUUGAUGAGACCCUUCUGAUGACCGGUGGUGAUCCUCGUCCUGCUUCCCAUACCACGGGACAGUCUUCUAAAAGAAGCAAACGCGCCAAAAUAUGCUCCUUAUGUGGGAAGAGUUUUGUUGAAGCAAAGGAUUUGACAACACACAUGAGAUCUCACACUGAGCAGAGCCCUCACCAGUGCACCCAGUGUGGGGAAGACUUUGACCAUCUGGACGACUUACAAAAACAUUGGCAGAAUGAUUGUGAGGAGAUGAUGAAACAGGAGGUCAAUGAACAUCAGCAUGGAAAGGACAGGAUCUCGGGAGAGUCCAGUAAUGCAAGUACUGAUCCAAAAACAUGCCAUCUAUGCCAUGAGACCUUUGAAUUUCAGUGUGUGUUGAAAAACCGUCUUAUUGUAUUUCACAAAGGCAAAAGCCUUUAUAAGUGUCCUCUGUGUAUGAAGGGUUUUGGGUGCCUCCGUGAUUUGAAGAAAGACCAGGGUAAAAAAAGAGGUCGUCCUACAAGUGAUGCCGUCAAAAAAAGGAAGGAGUUGGGGUCAAAUGGAAAUGUUGGACUGAACUCGACCCCCAACAAGUGCCCUGACGUCUUGAAGUGCUCCUUUUGUGAAGAGAUCUUUUCUCGGUGCAUGGACCUGAAGAGCCACUACAGUCGUACUCAUCAAUUUACUGGGCCGUUCCCCUGCCCUUCUUGUCAGACAACUUUUGUUUCGUUAACUGAGCUGCGCUUACAUCAGAGAAAUGAGUCCACUCCUUACCAGUGCUCUUUGUGCCAGCGCUCAUUCUUAUCACUCGACAAGCUGACUGUUCAUGAGAGAAUUCACACAGGGGAAAAACCGUACCUCUGUGCUGAGUGUGGAAAAAGUUUCCGGGAUGCAAAAACCCUGGAAGAACACUCUAAGAUUCAUGUUGAGGGAGAACUCCACACCUGCUCCCAUUGUGGGAAAAGUUUCAAGCGAAAAGAACUAUUGAAACAACACAUGUUAAAUCACAGAGAUGCCGCUUUCAUCUGCCCAGACUGUGGGAAGAAGUUUUUUCGGUUGGUAUGGUUAAGAAGGCAUAUGUUAAUCCACACUGGCGAGAGACCGUUCCUCUGUGAUCUCUGCGGGAAAGGUUUCAAAUCUACAGCUGAAUUGAGAUUGCACACCCGGACACACACUGGAGAACGGCCAUUCAAGUGCCCAGAAUGUGGAACAAGUUUUAAGCAGAAGUGUCAUCUGCAGAUACAUCGGCGGACACACACAGGGGAGCGGCCGUAUCCGUGCACCGUGUGCGAUAAACGCUUUUAUGUCAGCAAAGAUAGAAAACGACAUAUGCUCAUCCAUACUGGAGAGAAGCCAUUCAAAUGUCAAGUGUGUGGCAUGGCGUUCAACCGUAAAGGGCAUUUGAGGGUACACCAACAAACCAAGAGGUGUUCAUAUAGGCACACAAGUCCCCUACGUAACACAGCAUUAUAAUAAGUGGUUUCCUGACUGACAGAACUAGACCUGUUCCUGUAAGCCACAUUUUAUGAUGUGCGUCCCGUCAAGUAAUAAUAUGUAGUUAAGAACAAUUAUUUUACAAAGUGACAACAACAAUAUAAACCCCGGAGUAGUAGCCUAUGUUUGUUUUUUGUUACAAUGAUGGGUUUUGUAAAAAAACAACAACUUAAAGGACGUGUUAUGUAUGUGACUGUUAUUAAAUUGUUUUUUAAAGGCA